GCAAGUGGAGAUAUCAGCAUUGUAUCAACCCGCGAACCCACAAUCGUGAGGAACGAGGGUAAAAAAAACCCUCUCUAGUCUUUUACCUUCAUUGCGACACCUAAAGAACUGCACCGGGAUGUGUUUUUUUCUGAUGAGACGACGGAUUGUGGAUUAACAUCAGUCUUAAAACUGCAUUAGGGAAAUCAUAUGCUGUUUUACUCUGCGAAAUAGUUGGACCAAAUCAUGUCGCUGUCACAGAUGUUUCGUGCUUGAGCUUUUCCUUCGUUUGGAUUGUAUUUUUCCCUCCUCCUGCCGUCAUUAGUGGGAGACGCACUCUGGAAAUGUAGGGAAUGGCAAAGAGUAUUGGAAAUAGAGCUUCAUGGAUAUAGACCAACUACUGCACCGGGCUUGAUUUAUCUGUGGACAACCUGCCGCAAAUGCCUCCCCCACCCCUGCCCCGUACAUAGCCAGGAUGGAAAGCUUCGUUGUCAAUAGGAUGGGACCUGACGAAUAGCUGGUCUUGAUCAAGAUGUUGCUCGGAUCCGUAUUUAAAUCCAUGUGGGAAUACUUGCAAUGCAAAGAGGCUUUGAGAUUUUUGACAGCUUCGCUCUCGGAACAUCUGGCACCUUGGGUUUGAUCUUUUCUUUCGUGCAAGUGGAUAUAAACUAGUACAUCCGCUCUUUGCGGGACAAGCGUGAAGAGGAUUGAACAUGCCCUUCCAACAGCCAAACCGCCUGGGCGGUGUCUGGAGGGCCAUGUGUCCGCGGCUAGGCCUCAGUGCUAGCCUGGAUCUGCCGUUCUUGUGUUGGAUAUUAGGCUUGGCCCUGCACACCCAGCUGGCAGCCUCGCAAAAACUGGACGAAAUGGACCCCGUUGUCACUACAACUUACGGCAAACUGCGGGGAUUCAAAAAGGAACUCAACAAUGAGAUUCUGGGGCCUGUCAUCCAGUUCCUGGGUGUCCCCUACGCAGCACCUCCCACAGGCGAAAGGCGCUUCCAACCGCCCGAGCCGCCUGUUUCAUGGUCAGAUAUCCGUAACGCAACUCAGUUUGGCCCCGUAUGUCCCCAAACCCUGCUGGAGGGCAGGCUACCGGACGUUAUGCUGCCGGUUUGGUUCACCAACAGUGUUGAAGUGGUCUCGUCUUACGUACAGGACCAGAGCGAGGAUUGCUUAUUCUUAAACAUAUACGUGCCAAUGGAGGAUGACAUUCGUGAAAGCGGGAGCCCCAAACCGGUGAUGGUUUUCAUUCAUGGAGGAUCGUAUAUGGAAGGAACAGGAAAUAUGUUUGACGGAAGCAUCUUGGCCAGUUACGGCAACGUCAUCGUCAUAACCGUAAACUAUCGGCUUGGUGUGCUCGGCUUGUCUGGGGUUCACCUAAGCUCCGGAGCAGCCUCUGGGAAAGGUGCUGUAAUGGUGAGAGGACCUAAUGGAUUAUAG